AUGUUUCUCACUUUUACGCAUUGGUUUGCACUUCUGAUCUACUUAUUCGCCAUGCGAAAAACUAUCCAAGUCGUCGGACUUCUCAUCCUUCUUGUGGCAGUAGCAGAUGCCGAAAUAGUAUCUGCCAAUAAAACAGAUACAGCACAAGGAGGAAGCACGACAGUAGCUCCCUCAGGAAAAGAAGACACGAAGACUGAGGCACCCUCAGGAGGAGAAGACACGAAGACUGAGGCAGCUCUCGCAGAAAGCACUACAAAGACAAAGUUGGGUAGAAUGGAAGACUCUAUCAUGGCAGCACUGAUUGCAAUUGGAGCGGUUUUUAUUUAG